GGGCGGGAACAGCAAAAUGGCCCCAGAACUAGUGGCGGGCUGAGGACACUGUACUCCUUGGAAGUGGGCCCUGCGGUCCUCGCCACUCGGCCCCUCCCGGACAUGGAGGACGUGGAGGCACGCUUUGCCCACCUCUUGCAGCCCAUCCGCGACCUCACCAAAAAUUGGGAGGUGGACGUAGCGGCCCAGCUGGGCGAGUAUCUGGAGGAGCUGGACCAAAUCUGUAUUUCUUUUGAUGAAGGCAAAACCACAAUGAACUUCAUUGAAGCAGCGUUGCUGAUCCAGGGCUCAGCCUGUGUCUACAGUAAGAAGGUGGAGUACCUCUAUUCACUGGUCUAUCAGGCUCUCGAUUUCAUCUCUGGCAAGAGGCGGGCCAAACAGCUCUCUUCAGUGCCAGAAGACAGGGCCAGUGGGGAUGCCAGUUCAGGGGAUCCCCUGGAGGCAGAGGAUGAGUUCUUGUCACUAGAUGACUUCCCUGACUCCCGGGCCAAUGUGGAUCUGAAGAAUGAACAGGCCCCCAGUGAGGUCCUCACUGUCCCCCUCCUGCCCAUGGCUCUGGUGGCCCCUGAUGAAAUGGAAAAGAACAGCUACCCCCUGUGCAGCCGUCAGGGCGAAACUCUGGCUAGUCGGAAGGAUUUCAGGAUGAAUACGUGUACUCCCCAUCCCAGAGGAGCCUUCAUGUUGGAGCCAGUGGCUGUGUCCCCCAUGGAGCCCAUGGAUGCCAGGAGAGCUGAGGAGCAGCUGAUGGAAGUGUCUAUGUGCAGGAGCCCUGUCCUUGUUUUUGGCUUCUCCCAGGAGCCAGGCACCUCUCCAGAAGGCCCGAUGCCCAGUGGCAGAGGUGAAGACGAAGACGCCGAGGAGAGGGAAGAGCUUCUUGAGGCUGCAGCCCCCAAGGCUCCUCUGGAGUCCAAGGAGCCCAGGAGCCUGCAGCAGAGCACUGCCCUUCCCCGGAAGUACCUGCUGCGUGAGCGAGAAGGGGCCUUGGAGCCUGUGUCCCGGCUGAAGGAGACUCCAGACCCUUGGCAGAGUCUGGACCCCUUUGACUCUUUGGACUCUAAGCCCUUCAAGAAAGGCAGACCUUACUGUGUGCCCCCCUGUGUGGAGGAAGCUCCAGGACACAAGCGCAAGAGGAAGGGGACCACCAAGCUGCAAGACUUCCACCAGUGGUACCUGGCUGCCUACACAGACCAUGCUGACAGUAGGAGGCCCCGGCGAAAGGGUCCAUCAUUUGCAGACAUGGAGGCCCUAUACUGGGAGCAUGUGCGGGAACAGCUGGAAACCCUCCGGAAGCUGCAGAGGAGAGAGAUGGGCAAGCAGUGGCUGCCAAGGGUUGAGGAAGGGCUGUGGCCCUUGGAGGAAGACCGCCUAGAGGAGUCCCUAGAGGAUCUGGGGGCAGCAGCAGGUGACUUUCUAGACCCUGAAGGGUAUGUGGACCCUGGAGGGACAAGCCCCAGAGAAGAUGCUGCCCUGGAUACAGAGGCCAUGCCAGUGUCCCUGAGCUAUGAGGAGCUGGUUCGAAGGAAUGUGGAGCUAUUCAUCGCCUCCUCCCAGAAGUUUGUGCAGGAAACAGAGCUGAGUCAGCGUGUCAGGGACUGGGAGGGCAUGGUCCUACCCCUGCUGCAGGAGCAGGAGCAGCAUGUGCCCUUUGACAUCCAUACCUAUGGGGACCAGAUGGUCUCACGGUUCCCCCAGCUCAACGAGUGGUGUCCCUUUGCAGAGCUGGUGGCUGGCCAGCCUGCCUUCGAGGUGUGUCGUUCCAUGCUGGCCUCCCUGCAGCUGGCCAAUGACUACACGGUGGAGAUUGCCCAGCAGCCAGGGCUAGAGACCGCCGUGGACACCAUGACCCUGAGAUUACUCACGCACCAGCGAGCCCACAAGCGCUUCCAGACAUAUGCUGCCCCCUCUAUGGCCCAGCCCUGACUGGGGAACACUGAGGCAGGGGCUGGGGUGGAUGGGUCUGGGAGCCCCAUCCCACGUGUGUGCUGAGCUGUGCUUUCUGGCUCACUCGUAUUGCUUCCUGGCUGGCCCAGCCUAAUAAAAUGGUGUUGCCAUCCCAUUCACCCCUAAAAACAAGCCCUUUA